CCUCCCCCUCCCCACCCAGGCCCGCCCGCCCGCCUUUCUGUCUCCUCUCUCCCUCCGUACUGGACGGCCCGAGUCCAUUUCCGGGCUCCGGGUAUUUGGUAUCGAUCAGGGCCGGGGGCGCGGGAGCAGGUGGCUCCGGCGGGGCAGCUGGGCCGCCAGCCUGGUGCGCGGGGCCCGUCUCCCGUUGCCUUUGUCGCCAGUCCCUGCGCAGCGGCCCGCCCCCUCCUCCGGGCCCGCGCGCUGCUGGUAGGACUUUGCGCCGCGGCGGGCGCUGCUGCUGCUGCUGCUGCUGCUGCUGCUGCUGCUGUGCGCGCGGCCGCGUUAGGUGCCGGCGGCGGCCGGAAAGCGGGCAGCGAGCGGCGGCCAGGACCCCGGCCCAACAUGGCUGAAGUCAGCAUCGACCAGUCCAAGCUGCCGGGAGUCAAGGAAGUGUGUCGAGAUUUUGCUGUCCUAGAGGACCACACCCUGGCCCACAGCCUGCAGGAACAAGAAAUUGAGCAUCAUUUGGCAUCAAACAUUCAGCGUAACCGUUUGGUCCAGCAUGAUCUGCAGGUGGCUAAGCAACUCCAGGAGGAAGACCUGAAGGCUCAGGCUCAGCUUCAGAAACGCUACAAAGACCUUGAGCAGCAAGACUGUGAAAUUGCUCAGGAAAUCCAGGAGAAGCUGGCUAUUGAGGCAGAGAGACGACGCAUUCAGGAGAAGAAGGAUGAGGAUAUAGCUCGCCUUUUGCAAGAAAAGGAGUUACAGGAAGAGAAAAAGCGAAAGAAACACUUUCCAGAGUCCUCUGGAUCCAGUGCUUAUGGAGAAAGUUACUAUUAUGAAGAUGGAGACCAGCCACGGUCAAGGAGGGCAAGGGAACUGGGUUCUGGAUUCUCAAGGCCUUGUAAACUCCAAAAUGAUGAAAAGACUGUGAAGCACAGAAAGGAGAAACCCAAACAUCCACUGGAGAACUUGGAAGAACUGGAAGAGCGUCAUUCAUCAGAGAAAUCUCUGUCCUCUAGCUCAGGCAAAGUGAGGGAUGAUCCCCAAAUUAACACUGAGCAGCGUGAAAGGAAACGGUGUGGUCAUGAGAGGCCGCGGAGACCUCCUCUUCCCAGGAUCACUGGUGAGGUGCUUCUGAGUACAGAAUUUGAUGACAGGGAGGCUACCGGUAGCCAUCGAACUCGGAAUUGGGAAAAAGUGUCCAGACACCAAGACCGACUUUCACCGAAGUCUUCUCCGAAAGCCUGGACUCAGUGCAAGGAACCUGUGUAUGGGAGGGAGCGUGGGCAAGGUGAGCACAGAGAAAGGAAACACAGGCCCAGGACUCCUCCCUUCUCAGAGAGCGAGGAACGGCUCCAACUCCAUGACACAGGAAUGAAGCCGAGAGUGAUGAAAGAAGCUGUCUCUACUCCAUCACGAGUGACGCACAGGGAUCAGGAAUGGUAUGAUGCUGAAAUUGCCAGAAAACUGCAAGAAGAAGAAAUUUUGGCUACGCAGGUAGACAUGAGAGCAGCUCAGGUAGCCCAGGAUGAGGAAAUUGCUAGACUUCUAAUGGCUGAAGAAAAGAAAGCUUACAAGAAAGCCAAGGAACGGGAGAAAUCAUCACUGGACAAAAGAAAGCAUGACCAUGAUUGGAAGCCCAAAACAGCUAAAUCAACACACUCGAAGUCAAAAGAGAGUGAUGAACCUCACCGUUUUAAGAAUGACAGGCCAGCACGGCCACCACCACCUACCAUGACAGAUGCUGAGGAUUUGGAUUACACUCAUGUUACAAACCAGCAUAAUUCCACACGUCUUUUCUCAAAAUCAGAGUCCUCUCAUAAAGGUUUCCAUUAUAAGCAGUAAAAACCUAGGAAUCUGCCUUGAAAACGGACUCACUGUAGCCAAUAUUACUGGAUGAUACAGAAUGCAUUCCGUGCUUAUUUUUUCCUCCUAUGUUGUAUUCUGGGGAUUUAUCCUGAAGUAUUUUUCUGACCAUAAAUAAUUUUAAUUCAUUAAAAAUGUUUUAAUUAUUUCUGAUCACUUGGGCAGUACAAGAAAAUCUAGCUUCUGAAUAUUGACCACCUCUAUGCUGCAUAUGCUUCCUGGGAUUUAGUAUCUAAGAGAUCUAUAAAAUGCCAUUUUUGUUAGGUAUGGUGUAUUGGUAUCUAGGGACUAGGAUUUAUUUAGCAAUUAGAGUUUUGUGAUGAUAACUAUCAAGGUAAAACAUAAUGUUUGGAUACAAUGCAGAAUAAAAAAAUAUAAGAAAUAGCUUUUUUGGUGCACUAGUGUAUGAUAUAUUGAGAGACAGAGCCUUUUGCUUUUUGUAGUCUUUAGGAAAACAAAGGAAUCACAACCAUAAAGUAUUUUAAAAAAGAAAAAGAAAAAGAAAACCAAGCAUUUGGAACAUUUGUAAAUAUUACUCUGACUACCAGACAGAACUUUAAAGGUUUUGCACAUCCUUCUAAACCCUCCAGGGAGAAUUGACCUAGAUGUCAUUCUCUGACAGGUUCUUUGCUAUUGCUUCCUUAAUAGCAAGACUUUCUGAAGCCUCUAGGCAUCGCUCAUUUAUUAGUAUUUAUUGGCAAAAAUUUAAUUCUAUGAUAUUUUAACUCAGGUCUGUGUAAAGUCAACUAAAAAUGAAAAAUUUUCUAUCCCUUCUCUUAUUUUACAUUUAUUUACAAAGCCACGGCAAAUGGAAUUGGGAAGGUGUUUACAUAAGUGGAGAUGCCAUUAUUCUCUCUUGUUGCAGAAGUUUUCCUCUUGCUUAAAAAACAUAGCAGUAUUUCUUGGCAACCUCUCAAAAAUAUUUUGCGUAUCUGUCAAUUAGAUUAAUGUUACAUGAAGUUGAUAAAGUGGUUCUUUAUCCAAGUAUUUGGUUCUACGCAUUCGUUAAUGACACAUGGUCAUUUGAUCCUUUAUAGAAGACCUUUAAACUCCUCUUCAAGAAAUCUAGUCUUCUAAUCUUAAGGAAAUGCUUAUUUUCCUAUACUAGUUACCACAAAUGGCAAUCAUGCUAUAUGUAUAAAUAAUAUCCCGUCAGCUUGACUUCCUAUUAUUUUUCAUUGUAUGAAUAUGACAUUUUUGGCAUUCUAGUAUGCUAGUAUGGUGUUUGUUUUGGAAAGAAAUAUAUAAGUGACUAGAGAAAAAGUUGUUAAUCCAUUCUUUUCCCACUGGGAAAUGCCUUCCUUUUGCCUUAUCUUUCCAGAUGGUCUAUAAAGUAGGGCAAUAUUCAGGAAGCUAUUUAGAGUAGUUUCUGAGAUUGGAUUUGGGUCUUUCAUUUUGAGAAAGAUCUUUAGUUUCAUACAGCUUUUGGACUGUAGGAACUUGGGUAUAAGAUAUCUAAGAGUUAAGUUUUGGGGAAAUGAUACAGAAACAAAAUCCUAUAGAAGAUAGUUAUUUCAGGGAACUAGGGAAAGGGAUGAUAACAGGACUUUGAAUGGCCAUGAUGAAAUGAAUGAAGAAAAGUCUUCAUUUAGUCAAGGGAAACAGAAGAGCGGUCCUGGCCUCAAGUCAGCUCCCAGAGGGUGGUUUCAAUAUCCAAAGCUUAGGCCUUAUUGACUUCUAGUAAUGUUCUGUUUUUCUUUGUCUGCCCUGUGAUUUUGCUUCAUGUUUUUAGAAGUUUUUAUAGUAGUUUUACAGAAAAAAAAAAACUAUUUUUAUUUGAUAAUUAGGCAAAUGGACAAUAUCAUUUGCCAUAUUUUUAUUUUAUAAAUGUUUAUUUUUCUAUCAUGCAAUGAUUGGUUUUACUUUUACAAUUCUGUAUUCCUCUUGCCUCUCAUGUAUUUCAUCCAAUUAUAUUUAUUAUUGUAAAAUGCUACCGGGAUAUAUUUCAUUCAAAAUAUCAUGCCACUUCACACUUAACCAGGAUGUUAGAGUUUCAGCUGUCUUAGGAAGUGAUCAAGUGUGAUAUUUCCCUUGUGACACCCAAUUCAGCAUCUAUAUUGAAAAUUUGAUUUUUUAAAAGUUUUUAAAAGAUUACAAUUUAACAAUAUUUAUUUUUUUUUUGUAAAACAAACGCUUUCUAAAGCAUAUCAGUAAUUCGUUCCCUGUGAGUAAGGAGACAAAUCAAACUCAACCAGUUAAGUCCUCUUGUUCUUAUUCAAGUAAUGUAAUUAUUAUCUUUGAGACUGUAGAAGCAAGUAAAAACUGUAUGUUAAGGAACUACCAAACACUCUUCACUGUGUUCUCUGCUUUUCACUUUGUCAUUUUUAUAUAAAUGUGAACACAUUUAUUUUGUUCCUGUUCCUACUGCUGGAACACAUGCAAUUUAAGCAUAC